AAGCCACAAUGCUUGCAACCGAAAUAUGAGCUUUGUCAAGAGAAUAUAUGCGGUUCUAAACAAAUAUAAGGGUCGUGUUGAGACUGGAAAUGUAUAUUGUUUGCUUGCAUGGAUUACUGCAGUUGUGUCAAGGAAACAUUUCAAUCAAUAUUUCUGUAAAUCCAAGCCGCACCACGUGGGUUGGGUUUGUCCAAUCGGUGCAAAGCUGUGAUACACGAAAGUAUGCUCUUUGUUCUGGAUUUUGCAAAGUUAUACGGUCUAAUUAACUUUAAUACAGCAACAUGUGGACAAAUGAUAUCAUGUGUUACGGCAAGAUGACAAUCCGGAUACAUCAAUAACUUUUUUUCCUGGAGCAGUUGUGUAGCCUCCAACCUUUGGCAAACAGUGCGCCAUUAGCUUAUUUAUCACAUGACUUCCCUUCCCCCCACUUCAUUGAAUGAGGAAGAAGUCGGACAUGUUGGAGGAAAAUGUGUUGAAAAAAAAAACGAUCGUGGUGAAGGACAAGGAGAUUUUUGAAGGAAAGUUUUACUCUGCGUAAUGGAUUUACAAAUCGAGAUUUUUAGUAGUUAAUUUUUAUGUAACCCUGGGAAUCAAUUUGCAAAAUGUUUUUUUUCCUUCAUAUUUACUCACGAUUAAGAACAUCAAUGCAUGGUUUAAUUCAAUGUUCAUUGUAUUUAGAGGCUUUUAAAUGUAUAAUUUUUGUCCGUAUAUAUUGAAAAUCGUGAGAAUUUAGUUCAGUGACAUUGGAGAGAACGUGUAACCUUGGUGUGGGGGAUGGGUAUUAGCAUUAGGGAACCAUUUUGUACAGCUCUUAACUACUUUAUUCUUAACGAGUUUAUUUUGUUGUCGAAGGUUGGCAUUUUGCUGAUUCAUUGUAGUUUGUUGCACGUGGACUUGGUAGAAUGAGUAUCUUGUCGGUAUAUGAUAGGAACUGUUUGGGGAUUUAGUUUGUCUGAAUGUAGGUUUUCUGUUUGGGUUUUCUCUGGGCAGCUCAUGUUGGGAUUGUAAGGCUUAUAAAUUACGAUUUAGUUUAAGUGUUCAAAUCGUGGAUGCGGCCUACAUAAGUGUUAUUGAAGCAGAGCAACAUGGCUCCAAAAUUCUUAAAACCGAUGCAACCUUUGUGCUUGAAGUGUCUCAUAGUAAUUCUUAAAGUGAUUGUUAUCCGAAACUCUUAUCUACUUUGAUAACCAUUUCAGCAAGAGAGAAAUGCUGUGUCAUUCAAUGGAGGGCAAUUUCCUUUACCACUUUGGCUUAGGGUGGAAGUUUGCCUUAUAAGCCAUUUAAAAAACCCCAGCUUCAGUGCGAGUUAUUAUUUUAUCCAUCAGAUGUUAAGCCACUAAUAGUAUGGUAUGUAUUUAAGUUCUGAAAUUUUAGGCCUUGGAUAAUGAUAGCCUUUUUCAGUUAUCUGUAAAUUGUCAUCUUGGUUAAAUGUAGCUAGGUCAAACAGCACGUGGCUCUUACUUGGUAUACGAGUAGUUUAGAACUAGGCGUUAUUGAUCGCCUUUGUUUCAAUGCAGGGAGUGGUAUUUUUUGCACAUUGUGACACCGUCUCAUAGGCUAAUAAUUUGUAUGCAGACAGUAAAGUUCGUGUGCACUCUUUGCACUUCAAGAUGGCGCUCCAACACUUGGGAAGGACUAAAAUGCGGCUACUCGGAGAGAAAUGUGUCGUUGAGCGCUCGGCCUACGUUUGGCAUCUGAUAGAUACGCGUGACUGGACUCGCUAACCAAUGGCUUGCUUUCUGUUUACUCUGGAAGUUCGCGCUAGAGAUUCAGCGACCAAUCAUUAUCGUUGCUCUGCCCACGUUGACGUAAUGUAAUUUGAUGAGUGAAAGGGCGGGUUUUGGGAUGUCGCAUUUCGUAAAAGAGUAGCUACGUAAAACAACCACAAAGUGUGAGUGAUGGGAGGUCUAGUCAGUGAUAACGAGAAUUUUGUUUGAUUGACAAUAACAAUAUGCGAAUAGGUUGGAUGAAAAGCAUAAUAGAAAAACAAAGUUAUUUGGGGGGCUGUGCUAACUCUGGCGGACAUAUUCAACUGCGAAUAGAAAAUACGGGGCGUAGUCUUAAGUUACCGUAUCCAAUAGGAUGAAUGGUUGGUCUAUAAAGUAUCGGGCGUAGACGUGAGUUGCCAUUUCGCUGAAGCAGUGGUCAGUCUAGUGCUGUGGGGGCUGGAGGAAAGGACGGGCGAAGCAGGAACUUGAAUAUUGGUAUUUAAACAGAAUCCGGAUCCAUCCUGAUGGAGACGGCCAUAAACCCGCCCCAUGACAGCUCCCUGAGCGGGGUCGACGUAGGCCUGCAGGGCGUCAUGACGAUGGAGCAGGGCCUACAGGGCCCCGGGAAGCGCAUCCGGAAACCGUCACUGCUGUUUGAGGGAUUCGAGGGCCCGCCUUUGCUCCCCCAUGGGCAAGCGCCCCCCUCUGGGUCACCACGGCCCCUAGUGUACGACACCAACCGGCGGGGCCGCGCAACCAACCAGCUGCAGUUCCUCCAGAGAGCCAUGAUGAAGUCCCUGUGGAGGCAUCACUUCGCAUGGCCCUUCCAUGAGCCUGUGGACGCCUCCAAGCUCAGCCUGCCUGACUAUCACAAGAUCAUCAAACAGCCCAUGGACAUGGGGACCAUCAAGAGGCGUCUGGAGAACAACUACUACCGCAGCGCCAGCGAGUGCAUGCAGGACUUCAACACCAUGUUCACCAACUGCUACAUCUACAACAAGCCAACAGAUGACAUUGUUCUGAUGGCCCAGUCCCUGGAGAAGGCUUUCCUUCAGAAGGUUGCCCAGAUGCCCCAGGAGGAGAUAGAACUGCCCCCUCCUCCCCCACGGGGCAAACCGGGCAAGCCAGGCAAAGGACGCAGAGCCGCAGUACCAGGAGGAGUGACCACUGCUCACCAGGUCCCGGCAGUGUCCCAGUCCGCGUACUCUCCCCCCACGCCGGACACCCCGGAGUCGCUGCUCUCCACCCCCCCACAGACACUCCAGGCCAAGAGUUUACCUCCUACCCUCCACAGUACUCCUGCUAUGCUAGGCUUACCCCCCACACAGCCCACAGCCAAGAAAAAGGGAGUGAAGCGGAAAGCAGACACCACCACCCCCACCACCAUGGCCAUGCCCAUACCCAUCACCAUGGGUGUUGGCGGGAUUGGCAUGGGCAUGGUCGGUGGACCCGACUCCCCGUUGACACUCACCUCACUGGGGGUAGGCCAAGGCCUGGGCCUCGGCAUGGGGAUGGGUAUUGGUAUGGGCCGCGGCAGAGGCAUGGCGGGCGCCAAAGCAGCUGCAGGGAGGCGGGGAGUCAGCGGGCGCCCUAUCAAGCCCCCGAAGAAAGACCUGCCUGACUCGGUGCAGCUCCAGCCGGUGCGACGAGGCAAACUGGGCCAGCAGCUCCGGUACUGCAACGGGAUUCUCAAAGAGCUGCUGUCCAAGAAACACGCGGCGUACGCCUGGCCUUUUUACAAACCAGUGGACGCCUCCAUGCUGGGCCUACACGACUACCACGACAUCAUCAAGCAGCCCAUGGACCUCAGCACCAUCAAGAGGAAAAUGGACAGUCGAGAGUACCGGGACGCCCAGCAGUUUGCCGGUGACGUCAGGAUAAUGUAUUCUAACUGCUAUAAGUACAACCCUCCAGACCAUGACGUGGUAACCAUGGCACGCAAACUACAGGACGUCUUUGAGUUCUGCUUUGCCAAGAUGCCCGACGAGCCUGCGGCCCCUCCCGCUUCCAUGGGUGGACACUCCUCAUCUUCUUCCUCUUCCUCCUCGUCCUCGUCUGAGAGCGACCCCAGCAGCGAGAGCGAGAGCGACAGCAGCCCCAGCUCGGACAGCGAGGAGGAGCGUGCACACCGCCUGGCCGAGCUGCAGGAACAGGUGUGUACACAGCUGAAAGCAGUUCAUGAGCAACUGGCCGCACUCUCCCAGGGCCCCAUCGUCAAGCCUAAGAGGAAGAAAGAGAAGAAGGACAAGAAGAAGAAGAAGAAGCCCGAGAAGCAUCGGGGAAGCCGGGUGCCAGUCGAAGAGGAUAUGCCCAUCCGGCCGCCCAAAAUGCCCAAGGUCACCAAGACGUCGAAGAUGCCGAAGACACCUAAGACCAAGAGCAGCAAAGGGGGCUCCACACAGGGCAAGAGGGGCACUGGCAAGAAGAGCAACAAGAGCAAGUCCUCCAAGAAGUCGCAGGCGGUGAUGCUCAGCAUGCACCAGAUGAGCGCUGCCGCCAUGCUCCCCCACUACGACUCAGAGGAGGAGGACGAGGUGUCGCCCAUGAGCUACGACGAGAAGCGCCAGCUCAGCCUGGACAUCAACAAGCUGCCCGGGGAGAAGCUGGGCCGCGUGGUUCAUAUCAUCCAGGCGCGCGAGCCAUCGCUGCGCGACACUGACCCAGAGGAGAUCGAGAUAGACUUUGAGACGCUCAAGCCGUCCACGCUCCGUGAACUGGAACGCUACGUUAUGACCUGCCUCCGCAAGAAGCCUCGCAAACCCUAUGUAGGGAAGAAAGGUGGAGCAGGGAAGUCCCGGGAGGAGUUGGCUCUGGAGAAGCAGUUGGAACUGGAGCAGAGGUUGCUGGAUGUCAGCGGGCAGCUCAACUCUGGCAAGAAGCCUCAGAAAACCAAAGCAGAGAAGCCCAGUGCUGUGGAGCCCCAUGCCGUGGCGUCUCGCCUCAGCGCCAGCAGCUCCAGCUCAGACUCUUCUUCCUCUUCCUCAUCGUCGUCCUCUGAUACCAGUGACUCGGACUGAAUGCUCUGGAAGGACGGGCCUGGAUCCCGCGAACCCCGGAUAGGACAGUGCAGAACUGCUAACAGAGCCGCAGGCGGAUCAGACUAUAGUCAGAACUGACCUGGAAUUAAGAGAAAGCGUUCCCUGUGUUCAGAGAAGCCAAACCCAACAUAAAUAGUGGAUGGAGAAAUAUUCAGUUUCAUUGCUUUAGAAACCUAGAGGGUUAACAGAGAGAUGAUGCAUCAUCUCAUUGGAAAAAGUGCCCACGGUAGGAUCUCUACAGGCUCUAGAAAGACGGCAGGAUCUCUACAGGCUCUAGAAAGACGGCAGGAACUCUACAGGCUCUAGAAAGACGGCAGGAACUCUACAGGCUCUAGAAAGACGGCAGGAACUCUACAGGCUCUAGAAAGACGGCAGGAACUCUACAGGCUCUAGAAAGACGGCAGGAUCUCUACAGGCUCUAGAAAGACGGCAGGAUCUCUACAGGCUCUAGAAAGACGGCAGGAUCUCUACAGGCUCUAGAAAGACUGCAGGAUCUCUACAGGCUCUAGAAAGCGAGACGGGUGGAUGGGUCCAGAACUCUGGGAUCAUCUUGUACUAUGUCUUUCUCGCCACACUGUAUAUACUGUGUACAAAUAUAUAUAUAUAUAUCUAUUUUUCUUUUAUAAAGAAGAAUUUUAAGGAAUCCUCAAAUGUGGGGAGAAAGUAAAGGUGUGGAAAGGCUGGCUUUAGUCUUUCUGUAUAGAGGGCAAAGUGUGUGUGAGAAUGUGUGGGGCACGGCCUCGCACAGGAAACACAGUCCUGCUUAGUUGUUCAUCUUGUUGAUGCAGGUUGUUUAAAUCAUUGUGCAUUGUAAAGCACCUUGGCUCAGUAUAAAUGUAUGAACUGCACACAUGGAGAAACUGAAGAGCAUUAAGACCGCAACAUACGCAUGUACUUCUACAGCUUGAGAGGGGUGUCCGUUGAAAACAUUUAAUGAGACGUUUCAGUUUAAGCAAACUAACUUUUUCCUAUUUUUUUCACUCUGUAAAUGACAUGUUUCUAUCUUCUUGUGACCAACCUGCAAAUAAAUUGUGAGGACAUGUCUCUAUUCAACAUUUACCCACACACAAACAGAUUCUUCCCUUGUUUUGUUCCGUCAAUUGGAUACGUCUAGGAUUUGUCUAGUGAAGUCUACAGACUACUGAAUGGUCACAUCUCUCUUGCAAGACAUUUGAACUUGCAUGGGUAGUGCACAAUGACUAGAUUGAGACUUCACCUUUUCAUUUCACUUUGUGUGGGGGGAUUUUUAAAAUUUGAUUUUAUAUAUAUAUAUAUAUAUAUAUAUGAGAGAGAGAGAGAGGUUUUAUCUUUGUACGGUUCAGUGGGGUGCUGACAUGCCUUCCUUGUACCCCAGAUGUUAUUCCCAUACCGUUGCCAUACCAGUGCUUUGUGGCACAGAACCACACUAUUUAUUUUAACUACUUGGCCUUUUAACUUUUUGGCAGCUGGAUGUUUUAUUCAAUUUAGAUAAAUCUGGUUUGGGAAGAAGAUUGUAGUGACCAUUUCCUUGCUCAUAUUGCGAUUAACAGAAGCUGUAUAUAUGCUUCAUGGGAUUCGGAGGUACUCAAUUGAUAUAGUUAAGAACCAAGCUUUUUUUUAUAUAAUAGUUUGAGAAUUUAGAUUUUGUACUUGUGUGAUCAGUUAUUUAUUUCCCGGGGAUUUGAAUGGAAUCCUGGAAUCUUUAUUGCAUUUACUUGAAGGCAAUGGAGAAAGUUAUAUUGGUAAUAAUGACAAAAACUACAAGCAAAAAUGUGUACAGCUCUAAGGAAAAAAGGCAACUUUUUUUAAAAGUGUGGAGCAUGUUUCUACCACUGAGCUUCCUUGUUUUGCUUUCGUUCUCUUAGUCGUUCCCCUUACAAUUGAGUGGUUGUUUCUUGUGUUCGGUUUCUUUUCUAAGAAAAAAAUACUUUGAACUGUCCACCUCUAAAAAUAAAGAGAGAGAAAGAGCUCUUUAACAUUGA